AUGAAGAUGAUCACACCAGGUCCAGCCGCUCAGAAUGCCAACGUGAUAUCCAAAGAAGAGUGGGCGUCCACGCUUUUCGGUGAACGUGGACUGUUGUCAGGAAUUUUUCAAAUGCUCGAUCAACAAAAGAAAAUUGCUCAAUCGCCACUAAAUGACGCUCCGGAUUCGUCGGGGAAAAUCAACAGUAACUCAUUCGACUUUAAAAGAAUAGUCGACGCACUUUUUAAAGGUGCAGAUGGCGACACGUUCGGCGACCCUGGACCUGAACUUCCUGAGUUCCUUGGACUGUGCAAUCGACUUAGUUGUGGUGACAUCUACAAAAAGCGAUCGAUAAAUUCAGGAGAUCCGAAUUUUUCAGUAAUUUUCAGGUCACUAAGACCGGACAUCGUGUGGAGCAAAAUAAAGAGAUUUCAGACGGCUCUCAGCUUGAUUCAUGACCCGAAUGGAUGGGAAACAAUUGGCAAUCUGUUGUCGAAUCCAGAAUUGAUUUCACAGUUCACAGCUGGCACUGGCAUGGAGGAAUUGUUCGGAAGUGCCCUGGGAACAGCAAAGAAGGAAUCAGCGAAGACGAAGGAGAAGAAUUCAAAGCUGACACCGGAAGAUGGCGAUUUCGGCAUUGAGUUCACCGAUGGAGAAGAAGCUCUUCCUAAAGUGGAUUUCUCGGUCGACGGAAAACCUGAAAUCCCUUCUGAGGAUUACUAUGAGCAGGUAUCAGAAAGCGUAGACGAGGUCGAACCUGUUACUAUUGUAGCUACUACAACGACCACCCCUACUACUACAACAUUACGAACAUCAUCUUUCAUGACACGACUUCCAACGACGAUAUCCUCGAGGUUUUUGCCCAAAAAGGAAGAGCCUCCUCUGCCAGAGAUAUCUUUCUCAAUUGAUGGUGAUGGCGAAGAAUCGGAGAUACAAACUAUAGAAAAGGAGAUUGAUAUUAUGAUGCCCCCAUCCUCUUUGAAAAAGAUUUGGACAACGACAAAACCCACGACGUAUCCGAUCUAUACAACUCGUACGAUUUCUACAACCACGACUACACCAACCGUCAGAACGACACCUUUCACUAUCACGUGGCGGCAAACGACGAGAAACCAUCGAAAAGAUAGUGAUUAUUAUGCCAUGUACUAUGACCAACAACCGUGA